AUGGUGAUCAAAGUCUUUGUAGCCACAUCUUCAGGGUCUACAGCGAUCAAAAAGAAACAGCAAGAAGUAGUGGGCUUUCUAGAGGCCAACAAGAUUGACUUUCAGCAAAUGGACAUAGCAGGUGAUGAAGACAACAGGAAAUGGAUGAGAGAGAAUGUUCCAGGCGAAAAAAAGCCUCAAAAUGGAAUUCCCCUCCCUCCACAGAUCUUCAACGAGGAGCGGUACUGUGGGGAUUUUGAGUCCUUUUUCUCUGCUAAAGAAGAAAAUAUUAUUUAUUCAUUUCUUGGUCUUGCUCCUCCUCCAGGCACAAAGGAAACGGAUAAGUGUGAUGCCACGAAUGAAGCUGAGGCACACAUGGAAGACAAGGCAGGUGAAGGAGCUCAUGAAGAGGCUCAGCCUGCUGAAUUACCAUCAGAAGAUCAACAGGAAGACAAGGAAGAACAUGCAGCAACAGAGGUAUAGAAGAAGAAAAGCAGGAAGAAAAACAGGAAGGAAAGAGGGAAGAGGAAGAAGGAAAGAGGGAAGAGGAAGAAGAAAACGAAGAGGUGGAAGAACAAGAAGAGUCUUAGUAAACUUCCCUGUGAUACAUUGUUUCUUGAACAGGUUUUCAGGAAGCACAAGCUGGAGCAGCCUUGCCAAAGCAAAUAAAAUCACUCCCUCAAGCAAAACAUCACUACCUUUCACGCCUGUAGACUUAGGAACAUAUAA